ACCCCCCAUCGCCCAGUCCAGCCUCUCCCCCGCCGCCGCCAUGGCCACCACCGCGCGCCCGCUCGUCUCCGUCAAGGCCCUGGACGGGGACAUGCCCACCGACGCGGCCGGCGUCCCGAUGCCGCACGUCAUGAAGGCACCGAUCCGCCCCGACGUCAUCACCUUCGUCCACAGGCUCGUCUCCUGCAACAGCCGCCAGCCCUACGCCGUCUCCCGCAAGGCCGGUCACCAGACCUCGGCCGAGUCCUGGGGCACGGGUCGCGCCGUCUCGCGUAUCCCGCGUGUCGGCGGCGGCGGCACCCACCGCUCCGGCCAGGGAGCCUUCGGCAACAUGUGCCGUGGCGGGCGCAUGUUCGCGCCCACCCGGAUCUGGCGCAAGUGGCACCGCCGCGUCAACAUCCGCCUCCGCCGCGUCGCCGUCGCCUCCGCCCUCGCCGCCACCGCCGUCCCGGCCAUCGUCACCGCCCGGGGCCACCGCAUCGAGUCCGUCCCCGAGUUCCCGCUCGUCGUCUCCGACUCGGCCGAGGGCAUCGAGAAGACCUCCCAGGCCGUCAAGGUCCUCAAGCAGCUGGGCGCCUACGCUGACGCCGACAAGGCCAAGGACUCCGUGGGCAUCCGCCCCGGCAAGGGUAAGAUGCGCAACCGCCGGUACAUCAACCGCAAGGGUCCCCUCAUCGUCUACGCCACCGAGGGCUCCAAGAUCGUCAAGGCCUUCCGCAACCUCCCUGGUGUGGAUGUUGCCAACGUCGAGCGCCUCAACCUGCUCGACCUUGCCCCUGGUGGCCACCUUGGCCGGUUUGUGAUCUGGACCGAGUCUGCCUUCAAGAAGCUGGACGAGGUGUACGGCUCCUUUGAGGCGUCUUCCUCCAAGAAGAAGGGCUUUGUCCUCCCCAGGCCCAAGAUGACCAAUGCUGACCUUGGUCGCCUCAUCAACUCUGAUGAGGUCCAGUCUGUGGUCAAGCCCAUCAACAAGGAGGUGAAGCGCAGGGAGGCCAGGAAGAACCCUCUCAAGAAUGCUGCUGCCGUGCUCAAGCUCAACCCCUACUUCGGGACUGCCCGCAGGAUGGCAGUUCUUGCUGAGGCAGCCCGUGUCAAGGCCAGGAAGGACAAGAUCAACUCCAAGAGGACCAAGCUCAGCGUGGAGGAGGCAUCUAAGAUCAAGGCUGCUGGGAAGGCUUGGUACCAGACCAUGAUCUCUGACAGUGACUACAUGGAGUUCGACGUCUUCUCCAAGUGGCUCGGCGUCAGCCAGUGAUCAUCUCGUUGAAUUAGUAAGUGGCUCGGCGUCAGCCAGUGAUCAUCUUGUUGAAUUAGUAGCAGUUUAUCGUCCUACCUUAAGAGACCCUAAAGUAUGAUUUUGUGUCAUGUUAUCGGUUAUCCUGAGUCUGAGACAUCAUAUGCUGUUUUGGUAGCUGUUUAUCUGGAGUGUUUUAUCUGUGGACGCAUUUUGCGAGACAUGUUAUAUGGCAUGCUUUAUCGUCGAGUCAUUAGUUCAGAUUUUGAGUUGUUUUUCAUAUAUACUGUCAUGAAUGUGAAAUAAUUUUCGUCA